GUGAGAGGGAGGCCUUCGUAACGGUCGCAUUUGAAGCCGUUUCAUACCGGUAUCCAAGAGUGGCACAAAGCUUGCACAGCGAAAACCCAACCAAGCAUCACUGUUACCAAGCUACGGCAACCUUGCUGGUCUAUUACAGUCAAAAGACAACAGAGAAUCCUAUUGGGGCGUCUUUUGUUUCGCUCAUAACAGCACACUACAGGCAACAACAAACAAACAAACUCUCACGUUAACUUACUAGUAUAACACAACAAGACCAUUACAAUGACGGAUAACAAACUACGAUGUGCGAUGGUAUACCGCUUGGACGGAGGCAGUGGAGGAUCCCCCAAGGCUGUGAUUUUGGCCAGCUAUGACCAUGCCAACCAAUACGAGUCCCACGGUGGAUCCGGCGGUGAUCUAUACGGAGGAAAGGGAGGAGAUUAUGCCAAGGCUGUUUCCAAGGUCAUUGCCAACGAUCCUCCUGGUGGUCUCGCCGAGGGAGGCAAAGUCGGUGGAUUCAAGGUGGUGCAGUCGGAUCAGCACCAAGUCGUUUACGGAGCGGAUAAAGACGGUCUUUGCUACUGUGUCAUUACUGGCUUGGGCUACCAAUCUCGUAUUGCUAUCCAAUUCUUGGAAGAACUCGCCUCCGAAUGGUCGGCUCAGUUCGGUGCUGAUGCUAAAAAGGCCGUUGAAAACUCUCUCAAUAAAAAGAGUAAGAAAACUCUGACCGCCAUGUGCAAGAAGUACGAAGACCCUACCAAUGUCGACAAGGCUUCCAAGGUCCUCGGACAAGUAGAUAAGGUCAAGGGACAAAUGCAGGAUAACAUUGCCAAUAUGCUCAAGAACACUGAAGCAGCAGAAUCCCUCGCAGAAAAAUCCGAUCAGCUCAACGAACAAGCGUCCGUGUUCAAGAAAAAUUCCAAGACCUUGAAGAAACAAAUGGCGUGGAAGAAUCUCAAGAUGACGCUUAUAUUGGGAGGUGUCGUCAUUCUUGUCUUGAUUGUUAUUUUGGUGCCGUUGAUUGUCAAGCUCAAGCAAUUGGGAGAGUAAAUUUGAUCACUCUGGCGUCUGCGAGAGUAGUACCGAAAAAGGAGGCUGCGUUGGAUGCUACCCACUAUUCCUUCCCUAUCAAUCUUCCACCGUGUAGCGUUGAGCCUUCUCUUUUGCCUGUGAAACCGAUUCCGCAAUUACGUUGGAUCCGACCCGGUGAUCGAUCCUACGCAACAUGCAUCAUUCAUCAUUGCAUACUCAAAACUAAACCUAGCAUUUUUAAAGCAAGACAACAAAACCUCAAAAUGUAGUAAAUGGACGAAUUCAAUUCGUUCUCGAACGUCCCGAAGGAUUUGAUUGGCAAUUGAGUUAGUACAUCCCUCCAUUACUCAUGAAGAUUUCACACACGUGUUCAUUGCUUCGCCCUGGGUCCAAACCACUCCUAUUUUUGCAUGUGCCGAGGUAGAUGGUUUGUCAUCCUUGCUGCUUUCUUCUUGCGAGAUUGCAAGCAAUUUUUUUGGGAUUAGCAGGAGGUUUUGGCGAAGGGGCUCCCUCACAGGCCCAAGAUAGAACGCUUCUAGCUAGCAGUCGGACGCGGUUAGUUCAGUGAAGCCGACGAACGAAGUCCGAACUUACCAUGGUCAUUGGACGAACCAUCAGCUUCCAUGCCACGUGCAAGAUAGAUUUAAAACAUUCACGAAGUAAGCAGAGGUGCCCAUGCUUGGCUAC